AUGGCCCUGCUGUGCUACAACAAGGGCUGCGGACAGAGGUUUGACCCCGAGCACAACGCUGAAGAUUCCUGCCUGUACCACCCUGGUGUCCCCAUUUUCCACGAUGCUCUGAAGGGCUGGUCUUGCUGCAAGAAACGCACAACAGACUUCUCUGAGUUCCUCUCCAUAAAGGGAUGCACAAAGGGGUUCCACAGCAAGGAGAAGCCCCCUGAGCCCUCCAGCCAAGAGAAGAGCUCAGAUGAACCAAAGGCCAAGCCAGUGAAGGAGCUCAUUGUCCAAGGACCAAAAUCAGCUGAGAAGAUGCUGCGGGAAAGACCAAGCUCUGAUGAGCCAAGACAACUGCUGCCAAUUAAAGUAUCCAGGUCUCUGGAGCAGGCACUGGAGAAACUGAACGUGUCCUCUGAGGACAGGACACUCGAGAGCUCUUGUACAGGUGAGGAGGCUGCCCAGGUGAGAGCUGGCACCACGUGCAAGAACGCAGCCUGCAAGGCGAUCUACCAGGGCCCAGAGAGUAACACAGAGGUUUGUACGUUUCAUCCUGGUGUUCCUGUCUUCCACGAGGGGAUGAAGUACUGGAGCUGCUGUGGAAUCAAAACCACAGAUUUCAGUGCCUUCAUGGAGCAGCCAGGCUGCAGCCGUGGGCGUCACUGCUGGACAGAAAAGAAGGACAAGAAGGCGGUGCUGUGCCGGCAGGACUGGCACCAGACCGGCAGCCAGGUGGUGGUGACAGUGUACGCCAAGAACCCCCUGCCUGCCCUCAGCAGCGUCAAGGCAAACCGCACCGUGCUCGAGGCUCAUGUCAUCUUUGAAGGGAAUAAGAUUUUCCAGGCAGAACUGGAGCUCUGGGGGACCAUUGAUGUGGAGAAGAGCUUUGUGAGCAUGGUCCCAGCCAAGGUGGAGAUCACGCUCUGCAAAGCCAGCCCAGGCUCCUGGGCCAGGCUGGAGCUCCCCCAGAGCAAGCUGCAGUCCUGUGGUGAGCCAGAGAAGGAAGCUGCAAGCACAGAGGAGCCCGGGGCUGUGCACGAUGAGGACUCUGACGACAGCUUGAGCUGGUCCGAGGAGGAGGAUGAAGAAGAGUUGGAGAUGGGAACACCGGAUCUGAUAACACCGAGUAACUGA